AUGGCCCGUACCAAACAGACCGCUCGUAAAUCCACCGGUGGUAAAGCGCCCCGCAAACAGCUCGCCACCAAGGCGGCCCGCAAGAGUGCGCCCGCCACCGGCGGUGUCAAGAAACCCCAUCGCUACAGACCCGGCACCGUAGCCCUACGUGAGAUCCGUCGCUACCAGAAGAGCACUGAGCUUCUGAUCCGCAAGCUGCCCUUCCAGCGUCUGGUCCGUGAGAUCGCUCAGGACUUCAAGACCGACCUGCGCUUCCAGAGCUCCGCCGUUAUGGCUCUCCAGGAGGCCAGCGAGGCUUACCUCGUCGGUCUCUUCGAGGACACCAACCUGUGCGCCAUCCACGCCAAGCGUGUCACCAUCAUGCCCAAGGACAUCCAGCUGGCUCGCAGGAUCCGCGGUGAACGUGCUUAAACGUCCUGUGUGUAUGUGUGUGUGCCUAAACCACCACGCUAAAACUGACACGAAGCAUAAAUCGCCGAACGCAGUCUGCGCGAACGCAUAAGGUUACAUUAUAUGUAUUAUUUUGUACCACGCGUUUUGCGUUUGGACAUGCGAACGU